AUGGUAGCCCAUGACCCGUACGCAGUAACCGACAUGUCGGAACUCCCUGAAUCGGCGUUUGCGCCACGGGAUUACCGCCGAGGCGAUCUGGUAACCGGGGAAAUCGUGCGCAUUGAUGCCGAAGGAAUCGUCAUCAGCGCCGGACUAAAGACCGAAGGAAUCGUACCGCCCCAGGAAAUGCGCACUUUGACCGACGAGAGACGGGCACUCAUGCUGCCCGGCUCGCGUGUUAUGGUCAUCCACCUCAACAACCGGGGGCCGGGCGGCAUGGCCGUCUUCUCAUUUGACCAAGCCCAGGAAAAACAGGUUUGGGAAGAUCUAAUCGAUCUGCACCAAAAGGACUCGGAAGUCGACGCCAAGGUGGUCCAGCACAAUAAGGGCGGUCUGGUCGUUGACUGGAACGGCGUCCGCGGUUUCGUUCCCUUCUCCCAGAUGGCGCCGGUGCCCAAGGAAGGGCGCAUCGAGCAUCUGGAUGCCCGCAUCGGCGAAGAGGCCCGUUUCAACAUUCUGGAGUUGGAUGCCCAACGCGAGAAAUUGGUGCUGACGGAACGGCGCAUCUGGCGUCAACUCCGCAACGAGGCCAAGGAACGCCUGUUGGAAGUGCUGGAGGAAGGACAGAUUGUUCAGGGAACCGUGCGCUCCAUGCGCGGUUUCGGCGCAUUCGUCGACCUGGGUGAUGCUGAAGGAUUGGUGCCCAUCUCCGAGUUGUCCUGGGCGAUGGUCAAGUCGCCGGAGGAAGUGGUUAGCAUUGGCGAUGAACUCACGCUCAAGGUUCUCCGCGUCGACAAGGAAAACAGCAAGAUUUCGUUGAGCCUGAAGCGGACUCAGCCCGAGCCUUGGGACUCAGUACCCGAGCGUUAUCAGGUUGGCGACGUGGUUGAUGGCACGGUUACGCGCCUGAUGGAUUUUGGGGCGUUCGUCAAGCUGGAGGAUUGGGUCGAGGGUCUCGUCCACAUCUCCGAGUUGUCCGCCCGUCGGAUGGAACAUCCCAAAGAGAUCGUCUAUCAGGGCCAGCAAAUCAAGGUGCAGAUCCUCAGCAUCGACACGGAGCGCAAACGCAUGAGCCUAAGCUACCGAAAGGUUUACGGCCUGUAG